AGAGCCAACUGCCACGAGGAGUUCAGAUGUGGCCAAAGGCAAAUUACCAUCAAGGCCGGGAAGAAAAUACUGACUGACACGCCCCUCUACCACAACAAACCGGACGUGGUUGUGUCCCUCACCAACCCGGACCACAUCUUUGUGAUCGAAGUGGCUGUGUCACACCUGCAGAACAUCAGGAGCCAGGAAAAGCUGAAGAAAACGCGGUACACGGUCAAUUCCGUCAUUAAGACCGACGGAUUUGAUGUCCGGAACAUAACCCGCGACUUCAACCUGGUGGACGAGCUAAAGCUGAUCCAUCGAUGCCCUGUCACCUUCGCAACCUUUGUUGUGGGAUGCUAUGGCGAGAUUCUGGCCACGGAGGACUUCCUCCACUUCCGUGAUGUGAUGACAAGCCUCAGAGUCACAGCCAGAGAGUGGCAAAUACUGCUCAACCGAACAAGCCACAGCGUAGCAGUCUCCACAACAAACAUCCUUCUGGGGAGGAUCGAGAGGCAGCACCGGGUCUGAGCAAGACUGCCUCCCACAGUGGCCGGGGCUUGAGGGGAGUUCCAUCCCAAACCACAGGGUCCCAACACUAAACACUAACUAUUUA